UAUAAAUCACAUUAGCGUUAGAUAUAUUGUCUAGUUUCCAAAUUUGUUAUAAUCUUUCGAUUCUUCUCAAAAUUUUAUAAUGCGUGCCUUAAUCACUACUGAACAUUUCUUUGGCAAACUUUCCAACCGUCAGUCGAGGUAUUCACGUACGUCAACCAGAGCUAAGUCAACCAACGAAAAGUCAUUAGUGACGAAACUCGUAGAGUAUGUGGUGAAAUGGGGCAAAACGGAACAUCCUCCAACACAACAAGCAAAAACGAAGAGCGAACAGAAGGAAGAAGAGGAGGAGAGGAGUCCCAAAAUCAUAAAAAUAUCAGCUGCCACAACUUAUACCCAUAAUGGCAGUCGUUCAGAUGUAUCAAAAACCGCGUUUCAUUCAAGUUCCAAUCUAGAAAUGAGAUCAAGGUUCAUGCCCGAAGCCAGGGCACAGUCUAUGCCCGCUUUUAGUUCACCUCAGGAGCAACUGGGCAAUGUUAUUCCACUAGAAGUUAACCAAUUACUGGUGCGUGUACGGGAAAAUGGAUUACCAAGGGAUUUGCUGAAAUAUCCAGUUCAACCGCUGCAGCAUACUCUCACUCGUUACUUGGAAAGUGUACAGCCGCUACUCAGCGAGAGUGAAAUGCAAAAAGAGGAGGACUUAGCAGUGGACUUCAUGCGAAAUCAAGGAUAUGAAUUGCAAUCGCUGCUGGAAAAAACUGGACAAUCAAAUGUUAAUUGGCUCACCGAUCGCUGGACCAAUGUCAGCUACUUAGGUUAUCGUGCACCACUGACGAUAUUUUCCAGUUCAUGCAUAUCGUUCCCUCAGCAAAACUUCCUCAAUAGCUUAAACUUUUUAAGCUUUACGGCUAAGGCUAUUUAUGCCAUGUGCGAAUUCCAUAGCAUAGUGGAAAACAAUCAAUUACCUGUACGUAAACUGGAGGGCUUUGAUCUAGACAAUAGUCAAUUCUACAAUGUGUUCGGUACGGUCCGCAUACCGCAGCGAUCAUCUGAUACCCUACAGCAGUGCGCAUCGAACUAUGUGGUUGUCAUACACAAGAAUAACUUCUACAAGCUGCCCGUGUUCGAUGCCGAGGAUAUGCGUAUCUUUAAUGUUUUUCAUAUCAGAAAGCAACUGUUUAAAAUUAUUAAGUCUGGAAGACCCCUGGGUAAACCAAUUGGCUUGCUCACCCACGAUAGACGCGACCACUGGGCCGAGGGACACGAGCUGCUUUGUCGCAACCAAUUGAAUGCCCAGACAAUUAAAUGCAUUGAACAAUCUCUAUUUACCGUCUCUUUGGAUGAAGCCAUUCAUGUGCCUGCUGGCGAGGAGCGUGUCUUGUUGGCGAGUCAACUUAUGCAUGGAGGUGGCCCGCAUAUCAACAGCGCCAAUCGCUGGAUGGACAAGACGCUGCAGCUGAUUGUCAAUCCGAAUGGUAUAGCCGGACUCUGCUGCGAACACUCACCCGCUGAGCCCCAACCGGCGGCUAGUAUCAUGGACUAUGUGCUAAAGAAAAUCCCUGAGCCGACGUAUGGCAACGAUGCUAAGGAUUCGUACCAAACUGACGCAUUAGAAUGGCUUUUCUUCGAUGAAAAGGAUGAGAGUAUCAGCUUCUGGUUAAAGACUGCCAAUCGGACAGUAAAUGAACUUACCAGUCGGUUGCAAUUGCAUGCAACCCGAUUCGAAUGCUAUGGCAAGAAGCUGCUGCAUACGCAGCAUCUGGAAUCAGAUUGCUUUAUACAGAUGGCAUUGCAGCUGGCUUUUUAUAGACUGCACCGUCAGUUGCCUGCUCAGAUGGAGACGGCUCACUUGCGUAUUUUCAAAUACGGACGCAGCGAAAUUAUACGGACAACCAGCAAUGAGUCUCUGAAAUUUGUGUUUGCUAUGAUUUCGGAAGACGAGACAACUCAAAAUCGGUUAUUGGCCUUAAAAGCCGCUGUUGAUCAUCAUCGACAGCAGACGAUGCUGGCGCUAAAGGGAUGCGGCAUAGAUAGACAUUUCUUUGGAUUGGAACAGAUGGCAUAUGAGCAUGGCAUAGCCUUGCCCAACUUCUUCCAAUCCGAUGGUUUCCUGAAAUCCAAAGACUUCCGCAUACUCAGCUCCCAACUGUUGACACCACAUGACUCGUUCAUGGUGUAUGGACCCCUCAACUCGGAUGGUUAUGGCUGCUGCUACAAUUUGCGUGAUAAUGAUAUAACCUUUACCAUUUCGGCCUGGAACCAUAAUCCAGAGAUUUCGCCCUCAGACUUUGGCAUGGCCAUCGAAACUGCUCUAGCCGACAUGGGUCAUCUUAUUUUGGAUUUGAGUAAUUGUACUGCAGUCGAAUAGUGACAGUGAUCGCACGUAAUA